CAAACAAAUUUUUGUGUGUUUUCCUGAAAUAAAAUGGAAAACGGAAACACAAUCAAACAUGCAUACGGCACGUAAGCAUCCCAAAGGGAAAAGUCCUGACCUUUUCCUACACCUUGUGGAAUCUAGACUGGUUGGUAGACAAGUUAAUCUUCAGGUCCUAAAAUAUAGAGAACACAUCCCUGAAAGAAUGAUCAGAUGACUUUCUUUCUUCAAUGUCGUUAAAAAUCGCUAUCUCCGUCUUCUUUGUACUACUCCUUCCUCUAGAAGUGAGCUCUUCAGAGCCCAAAACCUGGAUCAAUGCCGGUUACUGGUAUUCCGGUAGCGAAUCCCCAGUUCCCGACAUAGAUUCAACUCUAUUCACUCACCUUCUGUGUGCUUUCGCAUAUAUAAACUCGUCCACUUAUGAGCUCUCCAUCCCCUCCUCUGCCGAACAAUACUUCUCCACCUUCACUAACAUCGUCAAACAAAAAAACCCGUCCGUCAUCACAAUUUUAUCCAUCUGGGAUGGCACCACAAACUCUUCAAUUUUCUUCUCAAUGGUUAGCCAAGCUUCUCAGAGAAAAACUUUCAUUCAAUCCACGAUAAAAAUAGCCCGGCUUUACGGGUUCCAAGGCAUAGAUAUGUGGGGUGUUUCACUGAGUACGGACAUGAACAUGACCAAUAUGGGAACUCUGUUUGACGAAUGGAGAGCUGCUAUAAACUCCGAAUCAACGAGUUCACGACUCAUCUUUAUCAUGUCUGGGCAUUACUCACCUGUCGUUGAUUCCGACAAAUACCCUGUAAAAUCAGUGGAAAGGAACUUAGAUUGGGUUCAUAUUAUAGCAUAUGACUAUUACUUGUCCAAAAGGGAUAAUUUUACAGGUGGUCAUGCUGCUUUGUAUGACCCUUCAAGCAAUCUAAAUACUGACUACGGUAUAAAGGAAUGGAUUGGGAUAGGAUUACCGGCUAGUAAGAUGGUUUUGGGCUUGGCAUACCACGGCUAUGCUUGGACACUUGUGAGCCCUAAAGAGAAUGGAAUUGGUGCACCAGCGAGAGGUUUGGCUAUUACACAAGAUGGAUCUAUGAGCUACAAGUACAUCAAGUGGUACAUGAAAAGUUACAAACUUGCUUCAAUGUAUAAUGCAACUUAUGUAGUCAAUUACUGCACAUUUGGGUUGUUUUGGAUCGGAUUUGACGAUGUGGAGGCUAUCCGAACUAAGGUUUCUUAUGCCAAGGAUAAGGGGCUUCUGGGUUAUGCGGUAUGGCAAGUGCCCAAUGAUGACAAUUGGGUGCUCACUAAGGCAGCUCUAGGAGAAGACAAAAAACAAGGAAACAAGAAAUGGUUGUUAGUGAUUCUGCUUCCUACAAUUUGUGUACUUAUUUUCCUACUAGGCACUCUAUUGUGGUAUUUGCAGAGAGGGGUACUCAAAAAGAAAGUUAUGAGGAUAAUGGCUACAGGAAAAAAGUCGGAGUCUCCUAAUCUACAAGUAUUCAGUUUUGCGGACAUCAAAGUGGUCACAAAUAACUUUUCAAGUGAAAAUAAGCUUGGACAGGGUGGAUUUGGACCUGUUUAUAAGGGUAAAUUACCGGAUGGACAAGAAAUUGCAGUGAAGAGACUUUCUGAGACUUCCAGACAAGGAGUUGAGGAGUACAAAAAUGAGGUUUCACUCACGGCAAAACUUCAACAUGUCAAUCUAGUUAGACUUCUGGGAUUUUGCACAGAAAGGGAAGAAAAGCUGCUGAUUUACGAGUACAUGCCAAAUAAAAGCUUGGAUUUCUACCUCUAUGAUCCGGAUGGACGGUCGUUAUUAGAUUGGGAGAAAUGGCUUCAUAUCAUUGAAGGGGUUACUCAAGGGCUUCUAUAUCUCCAAGAAUAUUCAAGAUUCACAAUAGUCCACAGAGAUUUGAAGGCUAGUAACAUCUUACUAGACAAGGACAUGAAACCAAAAAUAUCAGACUUUGGUAUAGCUAGAAUUUUUCAGAAAGAUGAACAUGAAGCAAACACAAGUCACAUUGUGGGAACAUAUGGUUGCGUUCCUCCAGAGUACGUAAAACGAGGUACAUACUCCACAAAAUACGACGUUUAUAGCUUUGGAGUUCUACUCUUGCAAAUCAUAAGUGGCAAAAAGAAUACAAGUCUACACGGUCUGCAUAAAAAUCUAAAUAUUCUAGAAUAUGCAUAUAAACUGUGGAAAGAUGGUAAAGGCAUGGACUUUAUGGAUCCACUACUGGAUGAUUCAUCUUCAUCAUGUAAACUCAUGAGAUGCAUGCAGGUGGCUUUGUUGUGCGUUCAAGAAAAAUGGCAAGAGAGACCGUCCAUGUUGGAAGUUUCUUCAAUGCUCAAAAAUGAAACUGAAGUUGUGCCAAUUCCUCAAAGGCCCGCUUUCUCAACAAACAAAGAUAAAGAAGAAGAAAACAAUUUGACACUGCGGCAACAAACUUGUUCAGUUGAUGAUGCAACAAUAUCCGAAGUUGUACCACGAUAAGUUUUUGGGAAGCAGAUUAUUUUCCAAGUUCCAACUUCUUAGUCUGUUGGUCUAGUUUGCUAAGGAAAUUCAUCACCCACAGAGGAGGAAGAAAAGAAAGAGCUAAACACCUGGGAUUAUAAAGAAGUGGCACAGAGUCAUAAUAGACUAACAAGUGAUGGAUCUCUGGGUUAUUUUAAGAUCAGAUUGACAGAUCAAAUAUUUAAAUAUUUUACUAAGUCUAUGUUGUUCUUAUUGUUUUUAUCUUUUACAAAAUCAGUCCCAGCCAACAGAAAGAAGCAAGGUUGUGGAUUGUUGACGGCCAAUGUAAAAGUAGGAUCUUUUUAGUUGUUUUGCCUUUUUAUGUUUCCAAAUGUUAAAUGGUAGUGCUUUUUGAUGUCUUAUGUUUUUGUUCAAUAUUGAUAUUUGAAAUGUCGGAUUGGAUGUCC